GUCUUCAUAGUCAAUUGUCACACAAGGGAGAGAGAGAGAGAGAGAUGGGGAAGCUGCUAUGUGCGAUUCUGAUUCUUUGUUCAAUGGUGAUGGCCAUGCCGGCGGUUCACGGCAUUGCCGAAUCGCCAAAAGAUGUUGAAAAGUGGUUCGAAAGCCUAAACCAUGCAAAGGAAAAGGUAACAAAGCUUCAUUUCUACUUCCAUGACAUACAAAGUGGGAACAACCCAACUUCCAUAACGGUUGCUCAAGCCAACAACAGCUUAUCAUCACCCACAUUCUUCGGCCUAAUCAACAUGGUCGACAACCCAUUGACAGAAGGCCCCAAACUCACAUCCAAGCAGCUCGGCCGAGCUCAGGGGAUAUUCGGAGCAUCUUCACUGGAGGAAGUGUUUAUGAACAUAAAUUUGUUUUUCACAGAUGGUGAGUUCAAUGGUAGCACUUUGGCUCUUCUUGGCCGCAACUCAAUAUUUCACGAGUACCGUGAGAUGUCCAUCGUUGGUGGUUCAGGAGUUUUCCGACUGGCAAGAGGAAUUGCCACCGCCAAGACUUAUUCCAUCAAUACUAACUUGGGUGAUGCUGUGGUUGAGUACCAUGUUAUUGCUAUUCAUUAUUAAUCUACUCUGUCUUUUCUGAAUAACCAUGUCAUGGUGUGCUGUUUUUCAUUAUUUUUCUCAAUUUCUAUGUCAUAUUUCUUGUCUUUCGUUUACUACAGUACAGACUACAGACUGUAUUGUUUUGUUGAGCAUUUUUCAUUUUUUUAUUUUCUGGUAUUUGUGUGAGAUUAGCAUGUGGAGUUUGGUAACCUGUUUUUUGUAAUAUUAUUGUAUGAAUAAUAUUAAGGAUUAUGAAAAAAAAUAUCAUGAAAUGUUUCAUGAAA